GGGAGCUAUUUGACAUGAAAGUGUUUCAUCCCAUUUCUUUGUCCCCACAACUCUCCCUCUGUCCGUCCUGCUGAUGGAUGGUCGAAGGAUGAUCCAAUUUUUGUUGGUCUGCAAUUUCAUGAAUUCAUGGGGACUCUGACAGAAAACCCAUCGGAAGAUGUAAAUGAAAGGUUGCAAAAUUUGCUGUUUGCUUUUUUCCUUUUUUGGUUGCCAACAUAUUGGUGAGUUUGGAAGUUUAGAAUGUUUCCAGGAAAAAGGGAAAACGUACUCGACAGAUCUCCUUCUCCUGAUCUUUGUUUUCUGCUUCUUGCUUUUGUGCCUGAUCUCUCUCUAUUUUGUGGCUAUGGGUGUUUUGGUUCAGCUGCUGUUGCCUGGGAGGCGGGGAAGCCAUUGGUGAUCGAAGAGGUCGAGGUGGCACCACCCCAAGCCAUGGAAGUCAGGAUAAACAUCCUCUUCACUGCCCUCUGUCACACUGAUGUGUACUUCUGGGAAGCAAAGGGGCAGAAGCCAUUGUUCCCCAGAAUUUUUGGACAUGAGGCUGGGGGGAUUGUUGAAAGUGUCGGUGAAGGCGUGACUGAUCUUCAGCCUGGUGACCAUGUUCUCCCUGUCUUCACUGGGGAAUGUGGGGAAUGUGCACACUGCAAGUCUGAAGAGAGCAACAUGUGCGAUCUUCUCAGGAUCAACACGGACAGGGGAGUGAUGCUUGCUGAUGGGAAAUCAAGGUUCUCCAUUAAAGGGCAGCCCAUCUAUCACUUUGUUGGCACCUCCACCUUCAGUGAAUACACAGUUGUACAUGUCGGUUGCCUUGCCAAGGUCAAUUCAAAGGCUCCUCUGGACAAAGUUUGUGUCCUUAGCUGUGGAAUUUCAACAGGAUUUGGAGCCACUGUUAAUGUGGCUAAGCCAAAGAAGGGUCAAAGUGUGGCUGUUUUUGGCUUGGGUGCUGUAGGCCUUGCUGCCGCUGAAGGUGCAAGGGUCGCUGGAGCUUCACGAAUUAUUGGAAUUGAUCUGAACCCCAACAGAUUUGAAGAAGCGAAGAAAUUUGGUUGCACAGAGUUUCUGAACCCCAAGGACUAUGAUAAACCCAUUCAAGAGGUGAUUGCAGAAAAGACCAAUGGUGGGGUUGACAGGAGUGUUGAGUGCACAGGGAACAUCAAUGCCAUGAUAUCGGCCUUUGAGUGUGUUCAUGAUGGAUGGGGUGUUGCCGUUCUGGUUGGUGUCCCACACCAAGACGCAGUAUUCAAGACACACCCCAUCAACUUCUUGAAUGAGAAAACACUGAAGGGAACGUUCUAUGGUAACUACAAGACACGCACUCACAUCCCCGGGGUGGUUGAGUUAUACAUGAAGAAGGAGCUGGAGUUGGACAAAUUCAUCACUCACCAAAUUCCAUUCUCUGAAAUCAACGAGGCCUUUGAUUUGAUGCUGAGUGGCCAAGGCAUUCGCUGUGUGAUGACCAUGGAUUCUUGAACGAUGAUGCAACUGAGAAGGAAAGAAGGAAAAGAAGCAAAACAGGAGAUGCGUCUGUCUGUGCUGGUCCUGUUGCAGCUUUACAGUCUUUGCCUUUCUUUUUUGUUCGUAGAAGUGAGUCUUGUUUUUUUGUACACGGUGUGAUGAUCGGAAGAGAAAAUCUGUAUUGAAUCUUCUGUUGCAUUUUUGACGAAGCAAGUAUUUAUAAAAUUUUUGAUGAGUUCAUCA